ACCAUCCCCCCAACGUAAGCCCCUAAUGAGAUUGGCCGUCCCCGGAUAUCCCAUUAGAUGGUGAUUAAGCGGGCUCAGCUCGUUAGCGCGAACAAACCCACACAUUCGCUGGCAGAGAUUUAGGACCCUCUGAAAAACCGCCGGCAAAUAUUUUUCAUCCUGUUUUGUCUGACCGUGGAAGGCGAUGCUCUGGACUGGUCGCCGGCCAAUGACAGAAGAGAUGAGGCAAACAUUGCGCUGAUCCCAAAAUGAUGCGCACAUUAGUGUCACUCCAGACCAAACCCUUCAUCGAUGGCAAUGUCAAAUCUUGUUUGUCAAUUAUUAUCAAAACAUGCCCUGACAUGAUGUGGCGACCAGUCAAUAUUUGACUGUCUCCACCCUGAGAUUGACUGUCCAUUGUCUACAUGUGCCUUGACAUUGACAAGACGACCAGGCAGUUUGUUUGCUUCCUGACAACGACCAGUCAAUUGUUGGUCUGUAUGGACUCUUGACAUUGGUUGGCGACCCAUCGUGGGCGUCCCCUGCCUCUCACCCAAAGUCAGAUGGUAUCGGCUCCAGCUCUCCCUUUUGUUUUUUGCAUUCUGGUCCCCUCAUGUUUUUUUUUCCCGCCAUGGCUUGUCUUGCACUUUCCCCGGCGACCCAUCCUCUCCCAUUUGUCCACUUCCUCAGCCGCUCUCAUUGGGCGACCCGAUAACCUGAUUUUCUCCCCAAUCGGUUUAGCCUCCUCGCCACGCUCGCUCGCUUGCUCACUUGCUCUGGCUGGCUCCCUUCUCUCUAUUUCCAUCUUUGAGCUUUAUCCCUUCAUCUCUGAUCUCCUUCAUCCGCCGCAAUCCUCAUCGGCGCCAGGAGAGCGGAGGAGGACUUGCGCACCGGCGACCAGUCAGUGGGGGGAGCGCCUCAGAGAGCAGCAGAAGCAGCAGCAGCAGCAGCAGCAGCAGCACCUUGGGAUUGUGACGUGCCCACCAAAGGAACGGACGUGUGAAAGACAGUUUCAUUACAGUUUCCUGUCGCCAUGGCAGCCGAGAAAGCUGAGAUGGAUGCGUUGAAAAAGGAGUGCGACGGGCUCCGGGCCAAGAUUGAGGCGGCGCGCAAGGCUGUCAACGACACCACCAUGACAUCGGCGGCGGGCAGCGUGGCCUCGGUGGGUCGCGUUCAGCUCAAGCAGAGGAAGACGCUCAAAGGUCACCUGGCCAAAAUCUACGCCAUGCACUGGUCAGCUGACUCCAGGCAAAUGGUGAGCGCGUCGCAGGAUGGCAAACUUCUGGUGUGGGACACUUUCACAGGGAACAAGCUGGUGGCCGUCCCGCUCAAGUCGGCCUGGGUAAUGAGCGUGGCCUUUGCGCCCUCCGGAAACCUGGUGGCCAGCGGGGGUCUGGACAACAUCUGCACAGUCUACAACAUCAAGGCGGCCAGUCCCAAGACCCUGCGGGAACUGGACGCGCACACAGGCUACCUGUCCUGCUGCCGCUUCCUGAGUGACACGGAGAUCCUGACGGCCUCCGGCGACACCACCUGCUGCCUGUGGGACCUGGAGACGGGCAAGCAGAAGGUGGUGUUCACCAACCACAUCGGCGACUGCAUGUCUCUGGCGCUGUCCCCGGACAUGAACACGUUCAUCUCGGGUGCCUGCGACUCGCUGGCCAAGCUCUGGGACGUCCGGGAAGGCGUCUGCAAGCAGACCUUCAUCGGACACACCAGCGACAUCAACGCCAUCGCUUUCUUCCAGAGCGGCAACGCCAUCAUCACGGGCUCGGACGAUUGCACCUGCAAGAUGUACGACCUGCGCGCCGACCAGGAAGUGAUCGGCUACCAGGACAGCAGCCUGAAUGCCGGCGUCACGUCUCUGGCUCUCUCCAACUCGGGUCGCCUCAUCUUCGCCGGCUACGAUGACUUCAAUUGCCAUAUUUGGGAUUCUCUCAAGGGAGAGAAAGUCGGCGUUCUGUCCGGACACGACAACCGCGUGAGCUGCACCGGCGUUCCCGAGGAUGGCAUGGGCGUCUGCACGGGAUCGUGGGACAGCUUCCUCAAACUCUGGAAUUGAGAGCAUCCGGGGCGGGAGAACCAUCGGGAGAGGGAAGAGAAAACAAUCCCCCCCAAAAAACACACACACGCACACACACACACACACACGCAC